AUGUCCUUUUCAAACUUCCUGCCGAGCACGCCUAAGGCCCGAUCAAUCCGUCAUCCACCAUCCACCACGCCCAAAGAGCCGCCGCCGACACACUUGACCAAUAAGUCUCACACCCCAGCUGGCUAUCCUCACUCGCAGUUCGGGAGUUCCUUCGCGCCCUCGAACAACACUUUCUUGGGCAAAAGCAAUGGCUACGGUAUGCCAGACGAGGCAUACAGCGACGAAGAUGCCGAGGGAGAGCUCGACGACGAGCUUGCCGCCGAUCUGCCACCGCUGCCUCUGCAGUCCUCCAUGCUCAAGAGCUCCAUACUACAGCCCAGUCCGCGCGGUUUGAAGAGAAGUCACAAUGGAGAGCCGCGCGCAAACAGUGACAUGGCCGGCAUUGCGAGGGGAAUGCUGAGCAAGACCAAAGCGCCCAAGCUGCACGAGUCGGACGAGAUUAUAUCCCAGAACGAGCGACUCUUGGCGGAAAUCGACGCAAAGGUGCAACAGAAUCCACGCCAGACAGACCACAUCCUCACAGAAUCUGUGGCGCAACUGACGAAACUAUGGGUUAAAGAGUGCGACUCGACCACCGCCCCGGGCGGCGUGGGACCAUCAUCCAACGAUGCGUUCGCCAAUGCCAACUAUAUUGCCAGCCUAUUGCUGCAGCUGCAUCAUCCUCACACUCAUAAACCCGGUAAAGCGCAACCUCGAGCUUCUGCACUCGGUGGUCGACCUACACACGCCGUAACGCUGCCGAGGGCGUUGCUUGACUGGCUCGAGACCUACCACAACCCCUUUCCCGACGACUUCGACGACAUCUCGAGCUUCGAUCCAGCCCCAUCACACUCGGAAACAUAUUGGGAUUGUGUUUUCGCCAGUGUCCUACGCGGCAAGGUCCCCAGAGCGAUCGAUCUAUUGCAAAAUGCUGGCUGGGAACAUGCAUACACGUCUUUGCAAGAUUACGGGGAUGAAAAGCUGACCGGAUACCGUGGAGACCACGUCGCUACAGCUCGGGAGGCGGCGCAAGCCGCGGUGAAAGCGUUGGGAACCUGUCCGGGUACCACCAUCAACAACUGGGACGUCAAAGGACUAGAAUGGCGAAUGUUUCGCGAUCGCAUUCAAGGUGCAUCAGAUGCUUUGGACGCCUACUCAGGGAACGAAGGAUCUCACCUCACUCAGUCGCGAAACAUGUUCGAAAGCAAACCAAAGGACGCUUCGAAGAGUGCCAAAGCGAACAGCAAAGUUCCUUGGUCUGUUUACGAGAAUCUCAAACUGCUGUACGGGCUACUACUGGGCUCGGUGGAUGAUAUUCUACUAGUGACACAGGACUGGUUGGAAGGUUCGCUUUACCUUACGAUCUGGUGGGACGGUUUUGACGAUGAGCCUGCCCCUGAAAGCCUCAACAGGAGCAGCAUGCGCUAUAGCAUCCAAAAGCCCAGAGCUGUCGAUGUAAAUCCACUCCAAGCCUACCGGAAUCGUCUUGCCGACGCUUUCAACAUGGUGACAAGCGAUAUCGAGGACCCUGCUUUCGCUGUCAAUACCAUGGAGCUGCUACAAACUUGCCUUGCCAACGUCCUCGAGGACAAUGCAAGGAUCGUGGUCGAGGUACUGCGAUCGUGGAGUCUGUCCAUUGCCGUGUGUGUCGUGGAGAUUGCAGCAUUGGGCCAGUGGCUGUCUUUGACGCGACCGCGAAGUAGAGAUGGGUUGUUGGAUCAGGGGUUCUCUAGGGAAGAUCUUCUUGUGCUAUCAGCCGGGCCAACUAACCCUGCGGAAGCCGAUGCUGUGGAUCGAGACGAUAUGCUCAGUACAUAUGCUGAACUCCUCGCCAAGAAGCCGACCGUAUGUAUUCAAUGCCGUAAUUUCAAGUGACAUACUGACAUAUCAUAUUAGAUUGACGGCAAGGAAGGCUGGGAAUUCGCUGUUGCAGUCUUGAAUCGGCUGGACCAAGCCAGCGAUGGACAGAGGCAGAUUUCAGAACUCCUCGACACCAUCGAUCUCGAAGAUGAAGCCCGAGUUGACAAAGUGCUCAGCGUCUGUGAUGCCUUUUUCUUGACCGAGCAACGUCGAAGCAUUGCUGAGGUAUGUCACCGGUGGUUUUGGCUAUGAACAUGCGCUGAUUUCUUCUCUUCAGCGUUUCGCAGACUCGCUUGGCGAGCGUCACGAAUCCUACGGCGCGGCGUUGAUCUAUUACGCUCGUGCUCAAGCAACUGCGAAGCUUAAGGACACAGUUGUGUUUCUUACAGGCUUGUGUCUGGUGCACUCAGUUGCGAUGCCCGUACGGCAACUACUCGACGCAAAACUCGAGUCACUGCUCAGCAAGGACCGACAAGCUCUCAAAGAUCUCGCCAGCAGUGAUGCCCAAGCUGCAUCAACGCUUUCAUCGCAUUUGAGUGGCUUCGCCACGCUUCGAAAGUUCUACGAUCUUCGAGACCAGGACGUCUACCUUGCGCAAGGCCUUACUAUGCACCAUCCGCUGAAGCCUCUAGAACGCCGCCGACAGGCAGCCUCCGCGCUUUUCGCUGUCAUAACGAGCGCUGCCGACUGCAUCGCGGGAGGCUUGUACGAUCCCGAGGUUGAGUCUGUUGUAUCCCCAGAGGGCAUCCUCGCCCUGUUUGGCGAAGCACUUCCAUUACUCGGCCAUGAUGAGCGCAUUUUCACCCAGGACCAAGUGUUCGCUCUCUUGGCUGUGGUGGAAGACUUUAUCAACUCCCCUUCUCGGAUUAGCGAGAACGCCGAUAGCUUGCUGAAAGCAAGUUUGAACGCUUACAAUGAUAGCACGAGCACGGCCUCGGGUAUAUUAAAGAAAUCUGCCAGCAGCAUGAGUGAGAGUAGCUGGGACAUGAUGGCUUCACGGAGUUUGAUCAUCCAGAGCGAGGGCCUCGGCAAGAACGCAAGGAUCGAACGUGCUUGGGAUUGGAGACAAGGUCUUCUUGGAAUGGGUGGAGCGGACGCCGACAGCAACACGGUGCUGAACUUAAUCCGCGCGGCUCUGAUUCGGGAAGUCGCUGCAGGUUGGGGAGGGAGAUUGAAUUGGUAA